UCGGCGGCCUUUACUGCGGUCGUGGGACACGUCGAGCCGGGCAGUAGUGGUGGGGGCUUGGGAGAAGUCCAGACCUGGUUAGGGUAUCCAGUUCUGAGAGGAAGACUCAGGCGGCGGGGCUUGCCCUGGGAAGACUUUUCCACUGAAUCUCAUCUUUUUCUGGAAAACUGGAUCCUUCCGGCCCCAUGGGGACACACCAUAUGGGGAUGCACCAUAUGGAGAUGGAGCACAUGGAGGACAACAUCACCAUGCCACCUCACCAUCACCCGGCCACCACAGCCUCACACUCCCACGGCGGAGGGGACGGCAUGAUGAUGAUGCCUAUGACCUUCUACUUUGGCUUUAAGAAUGUGGACCUAUUGUUUCCCGGUUUGGUAAUCAACACACCUGGGGAAAUGGCUGGAGCUUUCGUGGCAGUGUUUUUACUAGCAAUGUUUUAUGAAGGACUCAAGAUCGCCCGGGAGGGUCUGCUUCGAAAGUCUCAAGUCAGCAUUCGCUACAAUUCCAUGCCUGUCCCGGGACCAAAUGGGACCAUCCUUAUGGAAACACACAAAACUGUAGGGCAGCAGAUGCUGAGCUUCCCACACCUCCUGCAGACGGUGCUGCACAUCAUCCAGGUCGUCAUCAGCUACUUCCUCAUGCUCAUCUUCAUGACCUACAACGGGUACCUCUGCAUUGCAGUAGCGGCCGGGGCUGGGACAGGAUACUUUCUCUUCAGCUGGAAGAAGGCGGUGGUGGUGGACAUCACAGAGCAUUGCCAUUAGCAUCAGACUCCACGUAUGGCCUUAUUAAUUGGGACUGGAAGAUAUAAUUCCCUUUCCAAUCAUCCCUUCUCUCUCCUGUCUCUUUAUACACACACACACAUCUACUGAAUAGAGGCCUAGCUGACAGUCUCUGAGUAGUGGUUUUUCUAAUAAGAUGAAAUUGACUUUUCUCUUAAGAAGUCACCUGUGAGCUGUCUUCUCCCUCAUCAUCCUGAGCCUUAUCUAAUCUAGGUAGCUUCCUAGUUAAUGAUUUGGUUAUCUGCUUCUUUUUACUUUUCUGUUUUUUAUUUUGUUUUGUUUUAGUUUUUUUUGUUUGGUUUUUUUUUUUUUGGUGGGGGGAGUGGGGUACAUUUUGUUUUAAACAGAUAAUAUGUGUAUCUGAUAGGUGGGAUUCUGGGUCAAUGAUGAAAAACGAUUGUAACAGGAUUGAUGGCAAAUUGGGGACAUCUCAUCCAACUGGAACUUAAAUUUCACAUUAGAAAUAAGCUCCAGUCUUAACUCAGUGAGUGGAAAACACAUGUGCCUCUUCCAGGAGUGACGUGUUACCCCGAAACCCGUGUAGUGUGUGCAGAGUGGGUAGGGACUAAACAUAGGCCUGGAGUCUGAGUCUGUAUGGCCGCUCAGUCGUCAACCUGUGUUCCUACUUAACAUUUGAUUAGAAUGAACUUGCCAAUCAACAAAAACAGGACAAUCAAUUUAAGACAACAGAAAUAGAGAUUGUUAAAUAAAACCAUUAGUAUUUUACUUUGGCUCAGUGCCUUGGUUUGUCCCAACUGAAUAAGAGUUUGUAUUGUUUUUAUGUGUGUACUAUGAAACCAAUUUUCAAACUUUACAGUGCUUCAGAGUCACCCAGAAGGCUUGUUAAGACACUACGAGGUGGACCUCAACCCCAGAACCACCACAUUUGGCAUUUCUAAGUUCCUAGGUGAUGUUUCUACAACAGUCCAGAGGAUGACCUUAAGAGUCUCUGCAUUAAACUAGCAAAGUUGCGCCUAGAAGGGACGGGGUGGGACUACCUGGUAUCAGGCAUGGACAUCUGAAUUGCUGGUUGGUAGGUGGUGUGUCCUGGGUAUAUGUCACAUCUAAAUGCUGCUGGUUGAUACUUAAUCAUUCCACAAACAUUUAUUCAGCUCCAAACAUGCUUUCUGUGUACUCACAUGCAGUGUGUGGGAUUCCAGCCAACGUACACUUACCAGCAUAUAUGAAGUCUCUAGUCCUGACUUUUUUUUUUCUUUUUGGUUUUUUUGAGAGACAGGGUUUCUCUGUGUAGCACUGGCUGUUCUGGAACUCACUCUGUAGACCAGGCUGGCCUCCAACUCAGAAAUCUGCCUGCCUCUGCCUCCCAAGUGCUGGGCUUAAAGGCGUGCACCACCAAUGCCUGAAGUCUUGACUUUUAAAGAUCGAAGGUUCCUUGGAAGUUAUCUGAAGGCCAAGAGACCUUUGCUCUGCUGUGAGUCAGCCAGUCAAAAGGCCAGAAAGGCAAAAACCUUUGGAGAGACAUGGGGCAUGGUCUGCCGAAAGCCAGAUUGUGCUCAGUGCACACUAUGUAGGUCCCCAUCCGCUACUUAACCAUCUUUAUUAUUUACGGGGAUUUACAUAGAUUACAAUGGCCAAAAAACCCUUUCUCAACAAAGAAUCUCAUUGGAUAUUCUGUUAAUAAUUAAUCUACAUGCAGGCUUGUUCCCAAACUACCUCUUCUGUGUGAGUCUUCCUGUGCUGGUCUGUUAAAUCCUGCCCUCUUUGGUGCUAGAUCCAGUUGUGCCUCAGAGCAGAAGAAACAAACCUGCUGUCUUGUUGGCCCAGUGUUUCAGUUUUGAAAUUUGUACUUUCUCCUCUGUACGUGCCAAUUACAUAUUGGAGAACAAGGAAUGUGUACUUUGGUGACUUUGAACCAAGAAAAGGUUUUAAGUCUACUGGAUGGAGUCUAAAGAUCUUAGAAAUUAACUUUAGCCCUUUGCUUUCUCUUAGUUCAUUCUGCUGUGCUGGUUUUUAAGCCCCGCAUGUGAAUGCCAGGUACUGACAUCCCAACACUAACACUACGGUGCAAAUAGAAGCCAAGGAAUAAUAAACCCAGGGGAAUACAGAAACCACUUGUGGUGACCCUGGUGCUCUCUAGAAUCUCCAGAUGAGCUGCUGUAAAACACCUUCCAGGGGCUGAGGCACAGCUCUGAUGGGGAUCACUUGCCUAGCCUAUGUCAGGCCCUGUGUUUAAGCCCUAACACCCUAAAAAUAAAGCAUAAACUAUCAGGAAUGGGGCCUUAUCACUGAGGUGAGAAGAAGGUGCUAUGAAUCUGAAACCAAGAGUCACCGCACUUUGAUGUGGUUCUUCAGAGUAGCUUCAGCUUUUGUCUACUGCAAAUCCUAAACUUGAGAUCCCUGAACUAGGUUGCCAGAGAAUGCUGUUAGUGCAGAACAGAGGUAAGCUUAAGUCCCAUCCUCUUGAACUUUAAUGCCCAGCCUUUGUGUUUAUUUUAUUUAUAUGUCUCCUUUCUUCUGUGGGAAGGCUGAGUGUCUUUAGCCCCUGCCCUACUUUUCCCUGCCUGUCUUUGAUCCCAGACAGCUUAGUGUUUUAACAUCUCUCUUAGUGUUUAACAUCUCUCUCACCAUCCUGAUGCAGUAGGCAUUGCUAUUGCUGUUGUUAUAACUACCUAAUAAUUAGAAUUUUGUAUUUCCAAAGCAAGUCUUAAGUUUGCUUCAAGAAGCAGUUGUUCCACUGGAAUUUCUCUAAAGCUGGGUGAAGGAUGACUGUCCACAGAGUUACAGAUCCUAGGUACUAACUGAAGGCCAAGAUGGAAGAAUACUCAACACCCCAUUGCCCACGAAUGGAACUCCUCAGCAUCCAUCAGAAAGUUUCUUCACUGCCCCAUGGCAGGCUUGUCCCAAACUCCCCUUCAGGCCGUGGGCUCGGGCUCCUUAUUAGAAUCAGGAGCGUGAGGCAGGGUGUACAUCCUGUCAUUGAAUCUUGCACCUGCCCUUUCUAGCCACCCCAGAAGAUGCAUCCAAACAACAGGUCUGCAUUUGAUGUAAUGCCUUACUCACUGGGUCUGCAUUCACAUUGACUGUUUCCGAGACUGUAAGCUCCCAGAGAGCAGGACUGCUGUAAUAGGAAUGUUUUAAGUGUUGUGUGCAAGAAAACAAAAUAAAUAUUUUGAUUUUUGUGAUUCUA